GUGCAAGGGGCAAGUGGACACCGACGACGACUUCACCACUGUAUAUUCCCCUCCACACCCUCCACGCUGGAUGGCUGCCCCCGAGGGCAAGGCGAUACCUAGGGAUGUCGUUGCUAUCUUCCACACGUCUUUCCACCCGACCAAGGGAAACGUGUUAGACUGGUCGCUCAAGACGAAAGACCACCUCGUGCUCGACGGAAUCGAAUUCAGCACACUCCCGAGCGGGCUGCACCUCGUCGAGCAAGACGUCGUAUACUUCACGCACGAAGGCCACCCGGGCGUCUCCGUCUUCCGCCGCCGGCGCACGACCGAGGAGGGCCAGCGCGGCUUCCGCCUCUCUGCCCUCGGCAUCCUCCUCGCCCCGUCUGUCCGCCCCCGCGCGUGGCGGCACGUCGCCCCGCUCAGGCACGUUAUCAAUGCCAUAUACAGUCCGCUUGAGAUACACGGUAGGCUCGAGCCCCAGGAGAGCGACUGGGGUCCUGCCCGCGCGUUCUUCGAAGAGCGCAGGGUGCAGCACGACGAUCUCGGCGGGGCAGGGGACUGGAAUGGGUGGAGCCAGGAGCUGGAUGGGCCCGACUCAGACUGGUGUCCCUCGAAUCCAACCCCACAUCUACCUCAUCUGCUCCGCAUCUUGGGUCCCUCCGCGCUCACGGUGUACAAGCACGUCCUCGGCCGACGGCGGAUACUUAUAUACACGCUCCCGCCCGUGGAGGCCGCCUGCAUCCUCUGCCAGGUCGCGGCUGACAUAUGCUACGAAUCCCAACUGGAUCCUUCUCUUUAUUCUACUAGCGGCGAAGACGAUACCAGUUCCCGAUACCGCACAAAACUCGAGGGCAAGUCGAAGCAGGGCAUCAACGUCCUCGGGAUGGUCACUCUUAGCGAUCUGAACAAGAUGGACGCCGAGGGGCGGACGGGAAAAGGGUGGAUUGCUUGCACGACGGACGCUAUUUUCCUCGACAAGCCCUCGUAUUACGAUAUAGUCGUAGACCUGACGACAUCGACGCCCAACCUCAACUCUAGACCUACUCUCUACCUCUCAAAACCCGUGCAGUCGCCAGGCUCAUCACGCGGGCCCACCCACCGAUUGUCGCUUGUCAGGUUCACGUGGAGUGACAUCAAACUGUGGAACGAGCUCGAGCGCAUUCUCUCCCUCACCGGCGCCGACGCCUGCGCCGAGCACUGCUGCCGCCCUCCCACAGACACGAACAGCUCGCGUGCGGGCAAAGCCUACGGCAGCUCAUGGACAGACGCGAUGCGGCUGUACGAGGACGCGUGCAUCGUGUGCGCGGGGCUGUGGAUGGGCGCGUGGCGCGGCAACUCGCGCGCGUCGUACUCGACGCAGGGCGGCUCGAUGGCGAACUGGGGCAGCGUGCGGCUCGAGGGCGACGACGAUCUCAGUCUCGGGAGCAGCGCGUUCGUGCGCGCGGUGGGGAACGGGAUCGAGGGGCGGCCGCAGGCGGGGGCGGGUGCGGGUGCGAGCGCGGCGAGUGUGAAUACGAAGGGGAUGCGGCGGGCGAGCAAUAUGAGCGCGCAUUCGCGCGCGCAGUCGUCCUCGCAGGCGCGAAAUCAGUCGUCGGCGCAGCUGAACCACCGGCGGCAGGGCUCGACGGGGUCGAUGCUCAGCCUUGGCUUUGGCGCGCGCGUGGGGUCCGCGUCUACACCCGCUUUGGGCGGCGGCAGCGGCAACGGCAAUGCCAAAACGGCGGAGUUUGACAUCAUCGACCCCGAGGAGCUGCAGGAGCGCCAGGAGCGGCAGAUCCUGACGACGCUCUCGCUGUUGCAGACGUUUCACGCUAACACGUGCUUCCAGCUCUCGCGGCUCGCGGCGCUGCUGCCCGUGCCGCGCGACCCGCGUGCACGCGCGUAUGCGCCGCCGGACGUGGGGAAGAUGACGGUCGCGCUCGGGGCCAAGGACGUGGCGUCGUUUGAGCUGGGGCCGCUGAGUGCGCUCGACGCGCGGUAUGUGGAGUGGCUUGCGGAGGAGUAUGGAGGCGGGGUGAGGGUUGUGGUGAAGAGGAGCUGGAGGGAUGUGUUUGGGGCUGUGUUUGGGUUUGGGUGAAUCUUUGGUGUGUGUGGUGUUGGGGGGGAGAGUGGACUUUUCUUCCACAUGCUAUUAGGUGUUGUGUCUUUGGACAGAGGCGUUGUCUGGAUAUACC